AAAUCCUCAAAAAUUUCUUUCUUAGUUCAUCACUCUCAUAACUUCUCUCUCUUUCUCUCUCCUCUUUUCUCACUCUUUUCGUCUCUUCUCCCCUCAGGGAGGAUUUGUCAUGAAGACCUAGAUUUUGAAGUACAAAAACUGGCUAUGGGUGGUUGCUGUUGCUCUUCCAGAAAGACUCAAUUGCAAGGGACACCCGUGUAUUACUAUUGCCCUCCAUCUUUGGAAGAGCAGGAUAACUUGAGAGCAUACCGUGGGACAGCCCCCGGGCUGUCAACAGGGCUUUUGGUUGGACUAAAUCUGGACACAUCGAGCCCUGAUACUUUCAGACCCCCUCCAGCACCCAUUCCUUUUAAUGUGCUUUUUGGGCGUCCCCAGACUCCAAUUCGUUCUCUAGGAUGUCAAGGACCGAAGUGUGAUGCAACGAAACAAUCAAAACCCACAUCUCUCGGAGAGAUUGCUGCCAUUGAUAGAUCUGAAAAAUUGACACCUGGUGAUCAUGUUGGGAAAUCAGAAGGAAAAACUCUUGCUGAUAUUUUGCUUGCCUCACCUACAAAGUCUGAUGUUGAAAUUACAAAAUCAUCCGAGGCUUAUGAGUUAGCCACUGAAGAAGAGGACGCCUGUCCUAUCUGUCUUGAAGAAUAUGACACAGACAACCCUAAAUUGGUUACGAAUUGUGAGCAUGAUUUUCACCUGUCAUGUCUCCUUGAGUGGAUGGAAAGAAGUGACUCCUGUCCAGUUUGUGAUAAGGAAAUGAUAUUUGAUCACCCUGAUGGUCAGAACUGAAAAAUUCCCUUGAUGAGCAGAUCUAGUUGCUUAUUCCAAAUGCUUGCUGAUCAGUAAACCAAACAUUAAGGGAGUUAUAUGCUUCAGUGAGGUCUUAGAUUCUUUUUAGCUGACUCAACUUGUGGCUUAUUAAGUUGUUCAACAUCUUCAUUCCAUUUAAAGUCUGGUUUGCUGGAGUAUCCUGGACUGAUCUUUGAUUGUAUGUAUCAGUGACUAAAAAAAGUUGACUGGUUCUUGUCAAAGAAUGUGUACAAGCUGCAGGUUAAGGAUUGUGAUAUAUUCACAAGCUGUUUGGAAGAUUUCGAAAGGGAUAAUGGUUAGCACUCGCCUUUCGGUCCAUUUAAUUGCAGCAAAUUCCAUUUCAUGUACAGAUUUUUAUUUUGGUCCGUCGCCCCUUCUUUGGUGGUGCUGUUUCAUCUCGUCCUCCAUUUAUUUUGUCCUCCCAUAUCCUCCAUUUAUAUUGUCCUCCCCCAUCCUUGCCCCGUCUUUAGUAGGUUAUGUUUUCCUUACCCAUAUUAGCUACACAGUAAAUUAGUGUGCCUGUGUACUUUAGCUUGGUGUCACAAUUUUUUCUUUUUUUUCAGGAAAACAUUUUUUAGUAAAGUCAGUGCUCAUUGUCACUGAAUUCUGGUCACUAUACAAAAAUGUCAACAGUGAGUUUGUUCUAUCUUCAUACUCCUUUCUUGCUGAAGCAGUUUUCUGGAUUUCCUUUUUCA